CAGGGUGUAGGAUCUCUGCGGCUAUUGGACGGAAGACUGCUCAGGCGGGAGUUUGCAACGCGGGACGACACUAGUGCAGGAACACACAGGUCAGUUCAGAGGAGCCGCUGCGGCUGGAGGGGAAUUUCACACAGUGCUCCCUGCUUGGCUACUUUUAGGAUAUUCUGAAGCAGAUUUUUUUUUUAUAUACCUUUCUGGAAAUGAAGGACAUAUUUACCCCGGACUGAAAAAGCGCCGUUUUGGACAUAUAUAUAUUUUGUUAAAGCAGACAGCAAGUUUUACUUUUUUUUUUCUUUGCGUUUUUUGAGGCACGUGUGCUGUUAUUGUACCUAUAAUGGCCGACAGCAAGCACCCGCACGUCAUUUUCUGCAACGACUCGCCCAAAAGGGUUUUGGUGUCUGUCAUCAAGACUCCGAUCAAGCCCAGGAAGCUGGAGGGCCUGACUCCGACGAGCCCGGGUUUCAGCGACUUCAUGGUCUACCCCUGGAAGUGGGGAGAGAACGCCCACAAUGUGACCCUGAGCCCGGGCUCUGCGAGCGGGGACGCGUCCCCGACCGGGUCACAGACAGCCAGGGAGGCGGACAGCGCUCCGUCUCCUGAUCAGAUCAAGGAUGGUAUCCGCAGAGGCCGGCCACGGGCAGACACGGUCCGGGAGCUGAUAAGCGAGGGCGAGACCUCCUCCAGCCGCAUCCGCUGCAACAUCUGCAACCGGGUGUUCCCCAGAGAGAAGUCCCUGCAGGCUCAUAAGAGGACACACACAGGAGAGAGACCCUAUCUGUGCGACUACCCCAACUGUGGCAAGGCGUUUGUCCAGAGCGGCCAGCUGAAGACUCACCAGCGGCUGCACACCGGGGAAAAACCCUUUGUCUGCUCAGAGAAAGGAUGUGGCAGUCGGUUCACCCAUGCCAACCGCCACUGCCCCAAGCAUCCUUUCUCCCGUCUGAACAGAGAGGAACCGAAGGCGGGUGUGGGAAAGGCUCAGUCUGUGGACAACAAGGCGGUGGCAGAGUGGCUGGCUAAGUACUGGGAAACCCGCGAGCAGCGCGCUCCCACGACCAUCAAGACGAAGCCGCAGGGCAAGGCGAGGCCGGAGGACCAGGAGCAGCAGGAUCCCAUGAGGUUCCUCCACUCUGACGAGGAGAACGGGGAAGAGCCGGAGGCCGCGGAGGAAGAGAAGGCUAAUGCUGGGGGCGGGGCGGCCAGGCGACGCCUUCAGGAGCAGAGGGAGCGUCUCCACGGCGCUCUGGCCCUCAUCGAGCUGGCCAACAACCUGUCUCCCUGAGGACCCUCCCCCACCCAGGACUCCCCCCCCCUCCUCUAAUCCGCCUUCCUGCAGUACGUGCUGUAGCUCAAAGUUCUUCAUAAACGCAGAUCAACGCCUAGUUUAGUUCACUUUAUUAAGUUGUGCAACCAGACUUGGAGAAAGAAGCUAACUUGGCCUGAGAUCAGUGUUAAAGCACAGAAUCAUCCCCCCCUCCCCCUCCCUCUCCCCCUCCCUCUCCCUCUCCCUCUCAGCACCAGGAAGGCACAAGCUAAAGCACCUUACUCAGCUUCCAUUUGAACCUUUUGGCUGCUAUCAAUGUAGGUUUGACAACAUGAAGAAUGUCUCUUUCCUCUGUCUUCUAAAGGCAAAGGAAGAAUACCUGUUAUGGUUUGAUUCGAUUUUGUUUGCACUUUGGUAACGAGUUUUUUUUUUUUUUAAGUAUAUUGUGGGAAUAAG